AUGGGAAGUAAAAACCAGACAGAUGUUUCUCACUUCUUUCUUCUGGGACUAACAGAUGAUCCAAGAGUGAAGCCAGUCAUCUUUUGCCUCUUCUUGUUCAUGUACAUGGUCACCAUCUUGGGGAAUCUGCUUAUUAUCCUGGCGGUGAGCUCUUACUCCUAUUUGCAAACACCCAUGUAUUUCUUUAUCUCCAAUUUGUCCUUCAACGACAUCUGCUUAACCACGACUAUAAUCCCAAAUAUGCUACUGAAUACCCAAACACAGAUCCAGAGCAUUAGUUAUGCAGGCUGCCUCACUCAGGUCUGCCUUGUUUUGUUUUUUGCUGGGUUUGAAAGUUGUAUUCUUUCGGCAAUGGCCUAUGACCGUUAUGUGGCCAUUUGUUAUCCACUGAGUUACACAGUUAUCAUGAGUUCUCACUUAUGUGGUCUAAUAAUUCUCUUUUCUGUCGUCAUUAGCAUUUUGAACAUGGGACUGCUUGGUCUCAUGGUAUUGAGGCUAUCUUUUUGUACAAACCUGGAAAUUCCCUUAUUCUUCUGUGAACUUUCUCAGGUCAUGAAGCUUGCCUGCUCUGACACCCUUGUUCAUAAUAUUCUGAUAUAUCUUGCAACAUUUAUAUUUGGUGGCAUCCCAAUCUCUGGUAUUAUUUUCUCUUAUGUUCAAAUUGCCUCUUCUGUUUUGAAAAUACCUUCAGUGAGAGGGAGAUAUAAAGUCUUUUCCACUUGUAGUUCUCACUUGUCAGUGACCUCUUUGUCCUAUGGAUCAGGGUUGUGGGUUUACAUAAGCUCCGCAGUUAAUAUUUUACCCAGUGAGACUUCAGUGGCUUGCAUUAUGUACACUGUGGUCCCACAGAUGUUGAACCCUUUUAUCUUUAGCCUUAGAAACAAGGACAUGAAAAGAACUAUGAAAAAAUUCAUCAGUAUAGUACCUUCUCUUUGA